CUGUCCGCUGGUGUGGUGACAGUGGAGCGCUGCGAGAACAAGGAAGUGGACCGAAUAUGGGCUGAUUUCAGGAGGGAUUCGGCCACGAUUCAGUCGAUCGGACGACUCGUUUAUACAAGUAUCGGGCCCCACCUCCAGAGAUGAGCCACUGCAGUGGGACACUGCUUCGUCAUUCUACACUGGCUGGUCACAUCUGACCUCUGACCCUCACUCCCUCACAAUGGCACCCGUUCCACCAGGAGUCCGCUUCCUGUUCACCUUCAACAAGGACCAAUGGUACAGAGCCUUCACCUUCAUCCUCACCUUCCUGCUCUACACCAGCUUCCACCUCUCCAGGAAGCCAAUCAGCAUCGUCAAGAGCGAGCUCCACAAGAACUGCUCGAUGGCGAGCGAGUUAGCCACAGCUAAUGGUGGCGGCGCUAGCCAGCUGCCCGCACUCAUCUCUCUGCACACGGACAUGGACUGCAGCUGGAAGCCCUUCGAUAAAAAUAACUAUAAACAGCUCCUGGGAGCCAUGGACUACUCCUUUUUGUUCGCCUACGCCAUCGGCAUGUACCUCAGCGGCAUCAUCGGGGAGCGCCUGCCCAUCCGGCUGUACCUGACGGUGGGCAUGCUGUGCAGCGGGCUGUUCACCUGCCUGUUCGGUCUGGGCUACAUCUACAACAUCCACAGCCUGGCCUUUUACGUCUCUGUCCAGGUGGCUAACGGCUUGGUGCAGACCACUGGCUGGCCCAGUGUGGUCACGUGCAUCAGCAACUGGUUCGGCAAGGGAAGGCGUGGGCUCGUCAUGGGCGUGUGGAACUCCCACACCUCAGUGGGGAACAUCCUGGGGUCCCUGAUCGCCGGCUCCUACGUGUCCUCCAACUGGGGCAUGUCCUUCAUCGUGCCCGGCAUCAUCAUCGCCGCAAUGGGCGUGGUCUGCUUCCUCUUCCUCAUCGAGCAUCCUAACGACUUGAAGACUAUGCAUGCCCAGAGCUCCUCGCCCGUCGGCAGGCAGACGGCAUGCACUGGAUGGAGCGGUGUGAAUGGACACAAGGAUAUGUAUCUUCAGUUCACACAGGGCAGUACAAAGACGUACGACCAUUACGAGAAUAGCGUUCUGUACAGGAAGGGCGGCGACGAGGAGCCCCUGCUGGGCAGAGAGACCGCUGCCAGUGGGCGUGUCCCUCUGCAGCAAGUCGUCGUGGUGAAGAGUGAAGCAGAGCCCUCCGCCAUCAGCUUCAUGGGAGCCCUGCGCAUACCGGGAGUGAUCGAGUUCUCACUUAGUCUGCUGUUCGCUAAGCUGGUCAGCUACACCUUUCUCUUUUGGCUGCCCCUCUACAUCACCAAAGCAGCUCACCUGGAUGCUAAAAAGGCCGGGGAUCUCUCCACCCUGUUCGAUGUGGGAGGAAUCGUAGGUGGUAUCUUGGCAGGAGUCAUCUCUGACAAGUUGGGGAAGAGAGCCACCACCUGUGCAGUAAUGCUUCUAUUGGCUGCUCCGACACUCUACGGCUUCUCCAUGAUCAGCCAGUUUGGUCUGGGACCCACCGUGGCCAUGUUGUUGGUGUGCGGCGGGUUGGUGAACGGCCCAUAUGCCCUUAUCACCACGGCCGUGUCAGCUGACCUGGGGACCCACAAGAGCCUGAAGGGGAACGCCCGGGCCCUGUCCACCGUCACGGCCAUCAUCGAUGGGACCGGCUCCGUAGGCGCUGCGGUGGGCCCCCUGCUGGCCGGAGUGUUGUCUGCGGGCGGCUGGGAUCAGGUGUUUUACAUGCUGAUGACCGCUGACUUCCUGGCUCUGCUUUUUUUGCUUCGAUUGGUCAAAAAGGAGCUGACUUCGAGCAAGUCUCGCCCGAUUUCUACUGUAGAGUUGAAGGAGCACUGAGCAUUGAUACCACUCUGAACCGAUCCCGGUUGGGGACCAUGGACUCGCCUCCAUAUCUAGGGCAUUAUGGGAUGUAUAGCCUACGUGCACACGUGUACACACACAAUUUUGUGGGAUUUUCUCCUUGUGCCUUUUGUAAGCUAUCUUAGCUUUGUUUUUGACUGUUUCUAUUAAUUUUCCCUUCAUCGCCAUGUUAAUCUUUUUCCUCUUAUAAGGUUGUUUGAGUCUCUCUCUCUCUCUC